UGGAACCUCAGGACCCCAGCCCAGGAAGGGAAGAUUCAGAGUGGGGUCACAUGAAGGACCUCAGCUGGGUUGCCAGGAACAUGUGGGUGGGUUCUCUGCCCCUCCAGCCAGUGUGUGUCCUUAGGGCUGUGGGUGGUAGUGGCCCAGCUGAGGUGGGAGUACAGCAGGCCCACAGGUCCUGCUUCUGAGAAGGGUGUAAGCUGCUUGGAUCCCCAGGCUCUCUGAUGAAGCGGAAAAGCCCUGUCCUCCUGCACAGGCCCCUGGGUUUGCGAGCCAAGCAGGUUUCCCAGGUGUGCCUUGGCCUGAAGGCCAGCCAGCGAGUUUGUUUUUCUCUGGGAGGCAUCUUCGAGCUGCCAGCCGGAUGGCUCCCUUCCACCUGGCAAAUUGUAGAAAUGGAACAGUUCACACAGAGCAGAGGGGUUUUUUGGUGUAACUUAGCAACUGCAGUCAGGGGAGGAGGAGGAGGAGGGAGAAAUGGCAUUUGUGCUUGGAAGUGGCCGGGGUAGGGAGAGCCACGCACACUAGUGGCCCCCGGCGGUGGGAAGGGCCCCUGGGGUGGUGAGUGAGUGGACACUGGGACACAGUGUGGUUGGGAGCCCCUGAGCACACCGGUCCCCACCUGUAGAAUGACGCCAGGGGCAAGAUGGGACAGCUUUGGUUGGCCUUUGGUUUUUAGCCACAGAACCGUGGGUUUCACAGAAGCCAUAUUUGUCAAAUAGGUCAAGUGAAGGUGCUGUGCCAAGGCAGGGAUGGGGGCAGAAGAUUUGGUCCCCACCAACUGUCCUCGGGAGAGGGGCUGGUGGAGGGAUGCUCUUCUCUGCGUGGCCCACCCCAGAGGAGGGGCCCUGGGUUGGGGGUGGGCUCUGGGGGCAUGGCAGAUGGGGAGGGAGACUUAAGGCAUCUUCCCCCUCUCUGCUGCCCCUUGGUGGCCCCUCCUUCCCUUUCCCCUUUUUCCUCCUGAGGCCAUCUGCUUUGGCCCAGCGCUCUGGCUGUUUUUCUCUUGGAGCUUCCAAUCUGCCUCCUGUAACUCCCACCCACUCCAGCCCGCCUCCCAGCUCCUCUGCCCUCCCCUGCCCACUCCCUGCUGGGGAGGAUGAGUGUUUACUUAGCAAGGGUGUGAUGUGCGGAGGGAGGGGACUGAAGUGGCACUGGUGGGCUGACAGCCGUAGAGGAGGGCUCACCUGCUGGGGGUGUCAGAGUUCCUCCCCUAUGGCUGUCAGCCUGACCUGUGGAGAUUCAGAGAGGGCUCACUGCCCACUUUUCUGGGCACAGAGCCUGGGGCUGUGGGUGUGUGAGAGUGGGCUCUGGAUUGGCCCAGAGUGGCGAGCUGCCAGGAGCCCAUGCAGAAUGUCCCUGUGUGCUGGGACAGCAGGAAUUCCCCAGCUAGCAGCCCCGGAAAAGGGUUUGGGAAGGUCAGCCGGUGUGGCCCAGCAGUGGCUUGGUGGGCACUGUGUGAAGGGAAGCCCAAAAGCCCCUCGGGGUCCUGGCCUGCUCAGAGUGCAAGAGGGGCUCAGGCCUCAGGGCUUACUGCCUGGGACAGGCUGGCAGAGGCUGCCCCAGGCACUGACAGGGGCUAUGAGGGGUGUCCGGCUGGGAGUGGGUAGGUGCAAGGGCCCAAGCAGGGCCUGUGCUGUGAGGGAGGGUGGGUGUGACUGCUGCUGUGGCCAUCUAUGCCCGGUGGACUGUGGAGAGGGAAGCCAGGCAGGGAGAGAGCAGUCAGGUAGCCCCAGCUCUGCUGCAGCACCUCCCAGGAAGCCCAUGGGUGCCUUUGGGCAUGAUUCGGAAUGACACUCAGUGAUCCUGCCCUGGGAAGCCUCUCCCCACCUGUGGUUGCCUGCCUUGCCCUGGGCUCUGCCCAGGCUGGGGCUAGGGGCCAGGCUGUGGGCAUGUGCUGCCCAGGGCAGCCAGCAGGGGCUCCGAGGCCUGCCUGUCUCUUGUGAGUGGGCUGUGGGGUUCUUUGUGAAUUCAGGGAGCAGAGGCCAGCACCAGCUCGAAGAGGAGACGCCUGGGCUGGGACUCCAGUCAGAACAGCCCAGGGUGGGCACUUCACACGUGGGAUGCAAAGAUGUCACUGCCUGGUUGGCAGGUGCUUCUCCUUUUUAAAAAACAGCAACAAAACUUGCUCAGCUGUCCCCAUCCUGGUCGCCUGUGCGGGCUGACUUUGAAGAUGUACGUGUUCUCUGCUCACUCCGUAUUCUCACUUCCCACUCACUCCCACCCACGCCAAUCUGCACACACCUCCUGCAGUCCAGAGAUAUCUUUUUGAGAGGCCAUGGACGUCGACUGCCCUGCUGCCAGACACCCAUCUCCUGGGCUUGGUCAGCCCCUGGUUCUCCUCCUCAUGUCCUGGGACACUCAGAGUCCCUGUUCCUCAGGACCUGGGCUCAAACCCUCUUCCCCACCACAGCGUCUGUUCCCUCCUCCGUGCUGAUCCAGUUCUAGCUCCCAUCGGCCCCGACCUGUCCUCUGGACUUUGUCAGCCUGUGAGCCUGCCAGACGCCUCCCAGGUGACGAUGCACAUCAUCAUGACCCUGAACCUUGCCUGCCCCAGGCUCCCCAUCUGAGCAAGUGGGCAGCCAGCUCUCCCUUGUCCCCUCUGCCAGGUUCCCUUUGCCUGGAGUUGUCAGACAGUCUGGGGCACCCCAUUCCAGACCUCUCUUCUGCCCCUUCUGCGUCUCCCUGCUCAUUGCAACCUCUGUGGGCUGGGCUGCCACCCCAGUGUAGUGGCCGGGACAGUGUAAUGGCCUCCUUCCCCUGCAGUCUCUUCUCCCACUCAGGGCAUGGGCUCUGCUGGGACUCCCUCCCCUCAGGCGGCUCCCAGCCAUCCUCGGGUGCCUUCCUGAACCUUCCGGCUGUGCUGGGGGCCUGGGGCUGCUGUGCAGCAGCUGCCCUGGGUGUACUUGUCUGUGAUCCCCUGGACCAGUCUGUACCAGGCCUGUUGGAGCCCAGCCAUGAGACAGUGGCUGUGCUGGCGGACUCAGCGAACAUCCUCAGGAAGGUGCAUGGAAGUGCCUGAGCUGCUGUGUGUGGUGGGCAGAGGUGCCUGGCCUGGGCCACGUUGCUGCCCCCACACCAGGGAGAGGUCAGGAGAGGGGAGCAGACCUGAGAGCUCUGGGACAGUCUGGAGAGAUGGUGUCUGGGGGGAUGCUGUCUGAGGUCCCGGACCAGGAAGGAAUCCUGGGGGCAGGGCUGGGAGGCCAGCACCCUGUUUGUUGUCACCACUACUUCUGUUUCUCCAAGUGUCACCCUCAGACUCUACCUUGAAGAGAGAGUUCUCUCUGGAUCCGGUUGCCAUGGCAACACUGUUAACAAAGAGUAGCUUCUGUGGAGGAGGCUGUUGGGAGCUGGUAGAGGAGAGGGGGCGUAUUCUGAAGGUUUAUCAGCAGGGCUUGUUUCCCCACCCCCCACCAAGGUUGCUCAAAUCUGGUAGACCCUUCCCCACUGUCUCUGCCUAUGGGCCUCUCCAGGUCUCUAGUACUCAGAUCCGAUGAAUGCGAAUAUCAGGCAGCCUUGAGUGCAUCUGGAUGUGGCCUGGACCCCAGCCAAAGCUGGGGCACUGGGGCAGGCCUCCUCCUUGGAGCCCAGGGGGACAUGCCCAGCCACAGCACCAGGUACUUACCAGGGUAAGGAUUUUGUCCCUGUACAGAUGCAGACUCCAAGGCCCAGAUUUCUCCUGCCCGGACUUCUCUGCAGGCUAGUUCUGUGCCCACCUCAUUCUGGCUGGUGCUUUGAGCAUGCCCUCUGGGCCCUGCUUCUCUUCCCAGGGCCGUGGUCUGGAUGGAGGUAAUAUGCAGAAACAGGCUCUGGGUGAGAGCUGGGCAGCCCCGGCUUUGCUGGCUGAGGAGAGGAGGGUUGACUCCAGUUGCUAGGACCCAGGCCUCUGCCCUCAGAGCUGGGGAAGGAAGGCCGGGCCAGAGGUGGGGUGAAUGGACCAGUUGUGAGGAUGGGGCUUGGACAAGGAUGGAGCUCGGGGAGUUCUGGGGGUGCCCUGAUACUUGCAUGAGUUAAUUACUCAGAGCAGGGAGGGGGCUUCAUCAAUUAUUCAUUUUAUUAUUGCUGUUAGCAGUGGGUAGCUGGAUGAGGAGUGGAGUCCCCCACAGGCCAGGCCAAGCCAGGUGAGCAUCGGUGGCACUUGGGAGAGCCCACGUCCUGCCCACACUGUCUGCUGCAGGCCGGGCCCUUCCUGCUUGGUUCUGCUAUGGAGACAGGGCCUUCCAUGCCCCAUGCCUCUCCCUUCUCUGGCCUGGGUGUUUCUGGGAGCUGGGCUCACCCUGACCAAGCUGGAGUGAGUUGCACCUGUUCUGAGGUAACCUGCAGCUACCUGGACCAGGUCAUCUGCCCUGCGGGGAGUGGUAGUGGUGGAGAGGGUUAGGAGGGCUUAGGAGGGGCUGACAAUAAACUUCAUUGGCAGGUGUGGCCAGGGGUCCCAGCUGUUCUUCAUGGAAAGGCUAGGGCAGCCAGAACUACUUCCAAGAAGGGGAGGAUGCUUCUGCAUGGGCAGGGCCUGGAGGGAAGGCCCACAACUGAGGUCACAGCCUUGUUGGUGUGCAGCCAGCGCUGGCUCAGAGAUGCCUGCACAGAUGUCAAAGAGACUGCCAUUCAGGCCAUGUGUUCCGACUAUAGCACAAUUAGGAGAGAAAGUGAUAACAAAAUAGAUAACUCUAAAAGAGUCAUAUAUUUAGAAAAUUUGAAAUGCAUGUUUAAAUGAUGGGUCAAAUAAACAAUGAAAUCAGAAGUUUUUGGGAUUGUGAUAAAAAUAGAAUGCUGUGCACUGUGGGCUGCGGCUGUUGAGGGCUACACACCCUGCUGAUGUCUGGAGAGCCCAGUUGUACAAGAGAAGUCCAUGCCCAGGUGCCUUCCUUGGCUCCUGCAGUGGGAAAGGUGGGAGGGGGCGGACCAGUGGCCAGGCCUCCCGUGGGCACAGGAGUCUUCCUGCUGGGGUCCUGAGAGAGGGGCGGACCCUGGCUUCUCUGUGGGGUCCCAGUCUGGGGAGCUGCCCGGCCCUUCCUGUGGGCACUGGGGUUCCACAGUGGCUCUCUGGCUUGCUGUAGCGCCUAGGGUAGGACUCCAGGGCAGCAUGGCAUUCUCAGUCCUGCAGGGCAGGACACCAGAUGCAUCCUGGGGUGUGCCCAGUACAGAGCUGUCUUAUGGGAGGCUAUUGGGGACACUGUCAGGGGAAGACACAGGAAGAGGUCUCCAGGGCAGCACCAGUGCCAGGCAGGGCCCAGGCUACAGAGUAGAGAGAAAGGAGCUGCAGGUGUGGGGAGGCCGGUGGGCCAGUGCCCCCAGCCCACCCUGCCCGUGCCCAGGCCUGGGUGUGGUGUGCAGGCAUGUGCAAGGGGCUCUGGGUGUACACAUUCAUUCACAUCCAGAUGCUGGGACGCUGUCCAAGGGCUGUGCUGGGCGUUUCACCGACAUGUGACUUAACCCACCUUUUUUGAUAUCAGGAUCAUUAUACUUAUUUUGCUGAUGAGCCUCUGGGGUCUGCAGAGAGGGGUGGAGGCAGAAAUUGAGGCCAGGUCACUCCCGUGUGCUAGGAAGCAUGUUAUAGAGCAGAUGGUGUUUUUCUCUGGUGCCUCCCUUCAUCUCCCUGAGCCUUCCUUCCAUCCCUGACCUGCCCCUCUGUCCAGCCCCUGAGCUGGCCAUCCCCAUUCCCACCUUUGCGAGUGGUUUCCCCUGCCCCUUUGCCCCCUGAAUGCACACUACCACCUAGGGGCUCAGCUGGAUGGCCUCAGCGGGGAGCACCUCCACCUCCUGGAGGGGAGGAGGUGCCCCUCCUCUGGGUUGUUGAGCACUUGUUCUGUGUCCGCUCAUCUCAUCCCUGCCUGUGAUGGCUGUGACUUCGUGCCUGGGCUUGGGAUUCUGAUAGAAGGAUUUAGAGCGAGUGCACCCUCAGGGACAUCUAUGUGGGAAUGACCAUGCAGGGAGGAGAGGAGGCUGGACAGAGGUGCAGUUGCAGUGCAAGUCUAGCCUGACUCCAUGGGGACUCUGGAGUGUCAACUGACCCACAGCUGGCCUCCCUCUGAGGCAGGGGAGUUGGAGUCUGGCCCUUGCACUGCUCAGCCCUUGGUUGCUGGUGCUCUAGUCUUCUGCAGAAGGCUGCAAGUGUGGAUGGCCACUGAAUGGCCCUGAGGGAGUCUGGGUAGGGCCCAGCUGCAAGUCCCAGGGGGACGCUGCUGCUACCCCCAGGCAGGAGGCUGUUCGCUGUGCCUGUAGGCUCUCAGCCAGUCCCUGGGGGGGCUCAGAAUGAAACCUCAGGUCCAGACUGCUCCUGCGUCCGACAGCACCUUCACCCUGCUGGGAUGUCCGUCUUCCUGGGGUAACUGUGAGUGUCCAUAAGUUCUUCCCUGUGCUGGCUGCUGGCCCCAGGACCAAGUGCUGUGCUGGUGUGGUGCACAGAGGAGCUUUGCCUGUCUGUCCAGGAAGAGACUGACUGACAGUCAUAUUGUUAACCCUGGGCUCAGGUUGGAUGUGCCAGAGAUGUGGGAACCAGAGACCAGGGACAGCCCCAGGCCAGUGAAGGCAGUGCAGGGUGAGGGUCACUGGCUGGGGAGUCUGGGGCCUGCACAUCAGCCCCUGCUGAGGCCCUCUCUCCACUCUGGCCCCCAGCUGUCCUGCCCGGGCCUGGCUCUCAGGAGGGCCAUGUGCCCAGUGAGCUCUUCCAGCUUGCUAGGGGGCCAGAUCAGGUGGCAGCACAUGGGCUGCCUGGAAAGCCCACCAGGCAUGGAGAGGCUGCUGAGUGGGUGGAUGGUGGGUGUGGGUGGCACAAAGAGGAGAUGGAGGCAAUUCCUGUGGGGCAUCCGUCCAGUAGCCCUGCAGCUCAGCAGCUCCCCCAAGCCUGCCAGGCCGUCCAAGGCUCCCUGCCAGUGUGCCCCGCAGCCCACCCAAAUUGAGCUGCUCUUUUCCUCUCAAGAGGAUGGCCGCCUGGUGUGGCCUGCAGCUUUGCCCCCAGGAAAUACACUUGCCCUUCUGGCAUCAGGCAUAGAGUGGCAUGUGGCCCUGAGGGAGGUGGGGCACCAGAUUGGCUAUGAAAGAGGGCAGGGGAGAUGGCCUGGGG